CUCUUCUAUGUUUUCUCUGUUCGUAAGUUGAUCAAACAAGAGAAACCCAAAAACACUGUAUACUGGGGCUUCUUAUUACCACUACUACUAUUGGUUUCUUUUUUCAUUCAUCUAUGUUGACGUUGGACGCACAGGAACACCCUAAUGGACCGAGUGUUACUAUACAGUUUGAUCCCUCCAUGACUCCUUUACUCUCAAAAUUAUCAGAAAUAUUUGCAAGGACGAUGGCUUAUGACCAAAUAACAAAAGUAGAAGCUUUGGAAACGAUCGCAUACAUAUUGCCAGACCAAAGCUCACGAAUCCAUACUCAGCUUUUGGGCCUAUUUUUACAGUGCAAUUUUCUGGAUCCGGUGCCUUCAACAGCUUACUAUCGCGUCACAGGUACCCUCCGCGGCAUUUUCACACCACUUUCUCAAUGUUACAGCACUAGUUGCUCGCCCUCGAGCGGCUGUUAUUCGCCUACAUGUCCCCAUAAACCGGUUCUAGGUCCGCUGUGUCUAAUAGAUGAUGUUGAUAAAGCAAUUAAACAACGCCGAUGGAUAGAUCAUGUUCCGCAAGCUAUCCGCAACUCGAUCGACCAUCAAGAACUUAUGAGACAAGCUGCGAUUGCCGACUUUAUUGUCAGUGAGCAGAAUUACUGUCGUGAUCUCGACAUUCUGCAUCAGAUUUACCAUGAGCCCAUUUCGUUACAACCGGAUUGUGGUAUCGAGCACAGACGACGUGGUCAGUUUCUGGAAGACGUAUUUAGUAAUUAUCGGCAGCUUUUUCAUCUUCAUCGGUUCCUAUGGCAAGAUUUGGUGACAAAGCGCCACGAUGGAUUUUUCAUCGAUCACGUCGGGUCGAUUUUCCUUCGGCAUAUCACUCAUUUCAUCGAACCGUACAUAUGCUAUGCACGCCAUUACAGUAAAGCCAUCUAUAUCCUGUCCAUGGAGACGCGCAGUAACGCUGCUUUUCAACGGUUUUUACAUCAACAAGACGCCCACGACACGACACGCAGACUAGGAAUUCGCCACUAUCUUAGCUCGCCCACUUUACGAAUCGGCAAACAUAAGCUCUUAAUUGAAGCCAUUUUGAAGCGGACAGUAGACGAAGGCGAUCAACUGGCUUUACGCGCUUACAUUGAAAUACUUCACGAUCUGUUGCGUCAGAUGAACGCGGCAGCUGAACUCGCAGAAACAGAGACUUACCAUUACCACAUCCUGAAGUCGUUGUCGUUUCCGGGACAGAUACUAAGGAUUCAGCAUUGGUACCAGCAGCUGUUAUCGAGCAACGCAAAGCUGUUACGUCAAGGACAAUUGUUGCUAUGCCAUUCACCUUUUGCACCAUCGACGACACCAUGUCAUCUGUUUCUGUUCUCCAACGUACUUCUGAUUACUUAUACACGGCUUGAUCCGCAUAGAGGAGAAGAGUUUGUGAUUAUCGAUCGACCGAUUCCUUUGCCUAUGCUACAGCUGGGGAAUCCACCUUCGUUCAUGCGACGCUUAGCUCGUAUUCCGUACAGUCUUGCGAGACGACCAUCUAAACUCAUCUCGUCCCUUCGUCAAAGGCGACGGCCCGACAUGCAUCGACUCAGUUUAGCCUCGGAUCCGCUCAACUCGUCAUCCACUUACUCGCGUUUGCUGAAGUUACGAUACAGCUUCCGAAAAUCUUCUCCACCGGGCUCUGCUAUGCCAGCAUACAAAAUGGAAACCGAAAAACAGCGCAUGGAUCUCAAUAUGAGCCAACUGCCUAUACGCUCCGAAUCCAACGGAAGUCAACUAUCUUCCGUAGGUCCUUCACGUAUUUUGAAGGUCUUCCACCUUGGCUAUCCCGAAUGCUCGUUCCGAUUUGAGUGUGCUUCCAUUGAAGAACAGGAAAGCUGGUGUCAAAGCAUCCACGCUGCCGUUUUUCUACCCCGUCCGUUCGUGAUGUCCCCAAUAUGUCUGGCAUCCUUUUCGUUCUCGUUGAAACCCGUGAGAUUAGGCCAUGAACUUUUCUUUCCUAUUGACUGUGGCCGCGUUGAAUGUGCACUAUCAAUUCAUAGAUUGAAUGGACGUGCGAUGCUGGUUCUAGGUACGCAACACGGAGUAUGGAUGGGUUAUCUUGAUGGCUCGGGAGAUUUCCAGAUGGUGAUCGCACAAAAUCACUGUCAGGCGCUGCAAAUAAUGGAUGAUAUGUUACUGGUCCUUGUCGGUACUAAAAGACGAGCAUUGAUCGGUUACCCCUUGGAAACGCUGAGCUGCAGUCUCCAGAAACACGAAAGCAUUGCAAAACAACGUGGUCGAUUCCUUGUUCGCCGUUCCCCCAUCGUCGUAUUUACUACAGGGAUGAUUCAUCAACAUCCUACGCUGGCCUACAUCAUCAAGCGGGCAGGAAAGCUCAUAUUGGUGAUAUCAUUGAGAUGCACGGCAACCAAUGUCACGAACGGCCAAGGCCCGUGGUUCAAAAAGUACAAGGCAAUUGUAUAAAGGAGUAUCCUCUCCCGUUAGGACAUGUCACCGAGCUUCAAAUUGUCCAUGACACAAUUUUCAUACGUUCUUUACGCGAAGGUGUGGCCCGUUUCCAUGUACCAAUUUAUCCUGCAAAAACUUGCUUCUCUUAUUAUCCCUUCAAAGAAGAAUGCAUCAUGAUCGAAUCAUGUCCUGCUGUAGGGUUCCUUCCGUUGCAACGGGGGUCCAUAUUGAUCUGCACUCCUUCGCGUUCAUGGCCCAUCAUUUAUGGUUCGGGUCUCCGAAACGCCAAUUUACCGUCUGUCAUCAAGUCGCUCGAUUUUGA